GACUGCGGUAUACAGGCCUAUAGACUGUUAUAGUCCUUGACCCUGUAAGCUGGCUUCUUCGUAUGACCAGCCCCCCCCCCCCGGAAUCUGCACAUGUGCUCUCGAAUCUCUCUCUGCUUCCCCCUCCGACACUCAUACCGUACACUGCCAAUACGAAAUGGGGCCUCUCUCAACAGCCCCUGCGCAAGCCCAGCGCUCGACUGGGCACAUCUGCCCGGACUGCAAGACUGCAGACCCCGUGGAAGCACAAGACGCGACGAUCGCGACUCUUCUGAUCAGCAAUCGUUACAAAGUCCUGGAGCAGAUCCUUGAGCGGUUCCAAGACCCUGCCUUCGUCAUAAAUUCGCGUUUACAUUCGAGACCGCACCCUUCGUUGCUGCGCUACGGGACAUGGACGUGCUGUACAUGCCCCUACUACGCUUCGCGGCGCGCACCUCUCGCCUCUCUUGCUCAAGAGCGCUCCACACGCGGCGUCGGACGACACCGAAGGCAGAUGCGAGCUCAAAGCCUAACGGGACGUCGCCAACCUUUGAACCUGCAAGAAGUCCGCGCCGAUGGUCGACGUUGGCUUGGUGAUGAGCACAAGCUGACGUGAGAUUUGUCCGCGAGGUCGCCUCCUACACGAGCGACGCUCUGCUCGCAGCGGACGAGAGCAAACUGUCGACGCCGACGCCGAUUUUUGGAUGAACGGCACGACGGGAUAGAGGUGCGGAAGCGGUGCGAUGGCUCGGCCGUGCCGUCACGCGGCGUUCGAGUACGCGAAGGCGGCGGGCCAGACAGGGGUCCCUAGAGAUAGAGCUCGUUGCGCCUUGCGGCAGGCUCAUUCACCAAGCUGACAACAUCCCACACCUCGUAGAUGCCGAAACGCAACAAUAACUACUGCGCCUAGUAUCUCGCCAUGCCGUCAAACUCGCAGUCGCUCUGCGAAGUGGCCGCAUACCAGAGUACAUAUGAGCCGUACGUCGUCAUUGGCGCGGGCGCGGGUCGCGGCGCGACGAACGCUUCACCGGCUGUGACGGAAACGAGGCUGCCUGUUUUUUUGUUUUGUUUGGAGAUCAACCGAAAAGGCGACGGACGUACAAGCAACAAGUAUGAAGAACAGGCCGGGCGGGAACAGCGGGAGUGAGACGCGCCCGUGGUACAAAUGAACAAAUGUCGCGAUCUAAGUUGAUACCGCGCCGGCGAGGCUUUUGGACUUCUUCGACGGCCGGAUUCUGGACGGAGAGAGCGGCGGCAGCGACGACCUUGCGCCGACAACCACUCCCGGUUUCUUCUGCGCAGCCUUCGCCGUCGAAGAAGCCGCACGGGAGCCUCCACACCACGUUCGUCUCCUCCUCGGUCGCUUCGCCCUCGAGCGCUCCCAGCUCGAAAGUGCGAUCUUCACCGCCACGCCGGCUCUGAUGUCCAGUCUCGCGCAGCUGUACUUGCGCGGCCACCGUGAACAUGCGCUGCUGGCGCCCAGUGCUUACGGGGAAAAACAGGCCAGUAAUUUUGCCCCCGCACAAUUUUUUACCUCGGCUUUGUCCUGAUGCGCGUGCGAACACGCACAGACGAUCCCAUCUCCAUCUCUGCGACGUUCGAGUGCCGUUUAUAGGCUUGCUGUGGUGAUUGCGACUGCAGUGGCGAGAUGUGUUCAUGCUGCUCUGCCGUGCUCCGUCUCUGUCGGUGAUGCAUGCUAAAUCCGUGCAGUUGGCUUAUGGCGUUGUUUUUUUGGAUGGAAAUCUGUCUACCGGUUGGAAGGUAGGCAUUGGCGCUAGUGAGAUUGCCGAUAGGUAUUACAGUAUUACAAGCUUGACUGAACUUGGCCUCAAGGUUAAGUUCAGUCAAGCGCGCGCCUAGUGCCUGCUCGCUCUAAUCUUGGUUUCAGACUCUCAGCCCGCUAUUAGAGAAAUGCAGUGUGGGCUUUCGGAGCUCGCAGUUUUCCUCGUGGCGAGCUCUGCAGUAGGACUUUCAAAGCCCGCUAAUUCACCAUUUACAAAUGGCUUGUUACCGCUGCACCUUCCUGAAACCUCGGAGACUAGCUCGCCCCGAUUGAGGCUAUCCUGCGUACUCAACUUCAGACGACGACGUAGCUGUUAGCAGACACAGAAUGAGCUCAAACACCCGCGACACAGGCAUGGAGUCCUCGAACGAGAGCCUUCACACACUCCUUGAUGGCGUGGUCAUUGCCCUCGACAUCGUCAAGGAUGCGGCUGCCGCAUUUCCACCGCUUCAGUCCGCCAUCGAGGGAGUAGCAGGUAUUAUAUUGGAUGUCGUGAAAAAAAUGGGGGCGAAUAUUGACCAGAUCAAGCUCCUCGGGCAACAUGCCAGUCAACUUUCUAUCACUCUUCAAAACCCCAUCUUCAAAAACGAGAAGGCCUGUCCGGAGGAUUUGCGCCGGCGUAUCGAUAUUCUCGAGAGGCAAGACCAUAGUCUCGAUAUCUACUCGCAGCUGAAGGAGACGACGAAGGAGAUUCGCGAGCCCUCCUCCAGCUUCGAACCCUCGCCAUUGUCCAGGUCAGAUACGCACGCUGGAACCAUAGACGAACAUAUUACGAAUAUUUCUCGGGCCAUCGAGGUGUUCCUGACUGGGGGGACGAUGAACGUCGAGGUCGGUGUUAACGAAAUAUUGAGCCGCCUCGAUAAGUUGCGGCUUGACGAGAAACAAGCCUUUGUCGGCCCUGCCCCGCACUACGCUAUUGCCGCUCGUUUCGACUACCCUAGCCAACGCGUCACUUGCGAAGGACGAACACGAUCGGAGACUCUGAACGCCAUCUACCAGUGGUUCCUCCUGAGCCAGGGUGAAGGACGCACACCCGAGGCCGCCCCGCAGCCACCGAGAGUAGAAGCGCGUCUGUUCUUGCUUACCGGGCAGGUCGGAUCGGGCAAGUCGACCAUCGCACAGACGGUGGCGGCAUGGUGCUCGGAGCACGGGUGCCUUGGCGCGAGCUUCUUCUGCUCUAGGGGCAACCGAGAAUGCAGUGAUAUUCAAAUGAUAUUCCCUACAAUCGCCUACCAGCUUGGUCAGUGGGACCGCAGAUUCCAGGAGAAGACUGCAGAGGUCUUGAGGCAGGACCCCGACAUCCAGACAUCUCUCGUUUCCAACCAGCUGAGGCGUUUGAUUGUUGACCCCCUGCGAGAGCUACCAACAUUCCCGGAUUGUGCAAUCGUUAUCGACGCACUAGACGAGUGUAAGGACUCUGAGGCGACAUCUCUUAUUGUCCGGGCGCUGUCAGAGCAUGCUUCUGACUUGGCACCGUUGAAGAUUUUCCUGACCAGCCGUCCCGUCCCGAACAUUACCCACGGCUUCCAUUCGACCGGCUUACUCGACGCGGCGCAGCACAUCAUUCUCCAUGAGGUGCCGUCAGACACCACCGAGCGUGACAUCGAUAUCUUCCUGCAGAAGAGGCUGGCCGACGUCCGGGAGAGGUACGGUUUGGACAGGUCGUGGCAUUCAGCAGAACGGGCUGCGCGACUGCUCGAGCUCUCGAACAGACUGUUCAUAUACCCCGCUACUGCCAUGCGCUUCAUCGAGGACGCCAAUGCCAGCGAUCCAGAUGGGCGUCUUCGAUUACUGCUCGAGGGUCAAGGGGCUUCGCCUGCAGGUGUGGCAAUGCCCUUCUACCAGCUGGACGAGCUGUACCUCCAAGUUCUGAAGAGCGCAUAUCCGAAUAUGACCCAAGAGCUCAAGUCGCGGUUGAAGAUCAUCCUGGGCACACUCGUCCUCAUCCGUGAUCGCCUGUCGCCGGAUGCCAUUGACAAGCUCAUGCUCUUCGAACAUCGAACGACUCGGACUGCACUGACUCGCCUCCAGUCAGUCGUCAUGGUUCCCGAUGAUGAUGAUGCCGUCAUCAGCCUCAUUCACCCUUCAUUCCACGACUUCCUCACUGACGACAAUCGAUGCCACGACCCCGAUCUGUCGGUCCAUCCGGCAACCCAGCAUGGACUCAUUGCUCAGCGGUGCCUCGAGACUAUGAUCGGCGGGUUGCGGACGGACAUCUGCGGGAUCGGACGGAGCGUACCGAACUCGGAGGUGCCUAUGCUUUCGGAGCUUGUGGCGGAGCACAUUCCUCCGUCCCUGCAGUACGCCUCUCUUCACUGGACACACCAUGCUCUCUGCGGCGAAAUCAACAACGAGCUGCUUGACGUGCUCACCAAGUUUGGCGAGAGCCACUUGCUGAACUGGCUGGAGGUUCUGAGCCUCCUUGGCGAGCUGAGCGGUGCGAUCUCAGCACUGCAGAUGCUCCACGACAGAUUGCUCGGCUUACCCCUCACACACUCCAACAUCAUCGCGCUGCUAUAUGAUUGCCUACGAGCCGCACAGCAAUCGUUUCCGGGCCUCAGUAUUUCAUGUCUCCAAGCACAUUCUGACCUCGUCCCUUUCUGUCCUACAUCCAGCAGACUCAGAGAUCAUUACGCCGGGCAGGGAAUUGGGCUGCCAAGGGUACUCAGCGGACUCCAGCAGCACUGGGACCCAUGCACUCUCACUAUCGAAGGCCAUGCAAAUUCCGUAACUGCCGCGUGUUUCUCGCCUAAUGGCCGGCGCAUUGUUUCGGCAUCUGCAGACAACACAGUCAAGCUGUGGGAUGCUAUCACAGGCUUACAUCUACACACCCUGCAAGGAGAUGAAGAUGUGGUCCGACUCGGAUGCGCGGCGUUCUCAUCCAACGGCAGAUACAUUGCUUCAAGCUCCGACGUUAAGACUAUCAUUAUCUGGGAUGCCACUACCGGCCAACACCUCCGCACUGUCAAAGGUCACACAGAUUGGAUCACAGCUGUAGACUUCUCUCUAGAUGGCGACGUUGCGAUUCUCGCCUCCGGCUCCCAUGACUACUCGGUACGGAUCUGGGACAUCAACAGCGACGUCGUCUCGUCCAGAACCUUAUCUCCCGCACACAAAUCUUUCGUCAAGUGCGUCAGGUUUUCCCAAGGUGGAACACUGCUGGUUUCGUGUAGCGAGGAUGGUGCAUGCAAGGUCUGGAAAUCAGGCGCCUGGACGUGCAUCGCACAAUUCGACCACCCUGAACGCACCGCCAUCUUUUCCGUCGCCAUCUCGCCCGACGAAACCAUUUUUGCUUCGGGACAAGGGCGCACAGCUAAUGACAUUAUUUUACAUUCCACUGUCGACGGCCACUGUUUACGCACACUGCAAGGCCACACAUCCAGCGUGUGGUCUCUCGACUUCUCCCCCGAUGGCGCUACACUAGCCUCCGGCUCAUCAGAUCAUACCAUCAUCCUGUGGGAUGUGGCAGGCGGUUCCACCCUCCACACGUUGAAAGGACACUCUCGUGAGGUACUCAGCGUCAGAUACUCCCCCGAUGGCCAGCGGAUAACCAGCUGUGGUGGUGACCAAAGCGUCCGUAUCUGGGACCUGUCUCUGUUGUCGGCCGAGAGGGAACGUGAAUCCACGAGGAAGGAGCUGAAGGAGAGAUUGACCCAGGACCGCGAGUCGGACAUGCACAGGAGUGCUGGCGCCGAGCCUCAACGUCCCUCAAAUGUACGCUCCGUAACGUUCUCGUCUGACGGACAGAUCCUCGCCACCGGGUCGGGAGACACUACGAUUCGUCUAUGGGAUACUGCGAGCGGCACUCAGUUGCGAGUACUCGAAGGUCAUCAAGGCGUUGUCUCGUACCUAUCAUUCUCCCCCGACGGAAAGAAACUACUCUCAUCAGAGUACAAGUCCGACGCGUCUGAGUCGGCUCUCCGUUUAUGGGACGUGGAGAGCGGUUGUUGCGAACAGAUUUUUACUGGGCACGAAGACGACAUAAAUCAGGCAAAGUUCUUUCCGGACGGGAAGCAAGUGAUCUCUUGUUCGGACAAUGGCAGCAUCCGUGUUUGGGAAGUCGGCCAAUCGAGGACACGCAGUGCGGAAUCACGCGUCGUCUAUCAUAGUCAAAGCCUCAGCAUAGUCUCUAUUGCUGUCUCUCCCGACGCCAGCCUAGUAGCAUUUGGCUGCUGGAGCGAGGAACCGGACGACCAUAUUCUUGGGCUAGUCAGCCUGACGACGUCACAAGCAGUCCACUUGGUGCGGUACGAGCGUGCAUAUGGCCCGCCCACGGCGCUCGCGUUUUCCACGGACAGCAGCCGUCUCCUCGUCGCCUCUGGUGCAGAGUCAAGCAGAGUCACGCUUUGGGGUGUCCAAGCAGGCGGUCCCGCCGGCUCGACCCUCGCCGAUAUCGCGCCCGAAGCGACCUUCCUCGACUGUUAUGACGGAGGCGACUGUGCAGAGAGUAUCGCGUUUUCGUCUUCCGAGAGGUCCUUCAUCACUGACGCCACCAUGGAUGACAUCUCGCCCCAGCACUGGCCUCGCUCGGCCUCACAGGACGACCACGCAGAGUAUGCGUUCUGCCUAGCCGACAACUGGCUCUGGUACAUAUCUGCUACCGAGAGGCGUAGACUAUGCUGGGUACCGUCCACCUUCCGACUCAUGCGCCACUACAAUAUGGUUUCUCGAGGGUCCAUAGCGGUACACCGUAAUUUGGUGGCCUUCGGUACUGAAGGCGGUCGGGUCAUCAUCCUAGAUAUGACUCCUUGCCUAUAUGAGUACUCGUCUUCCUAACAGAGCAUUCUAGGACAUAUUUAGCUGUUCGUAUAACCAUUUAGCUACGGACUGGACUCUUCAUAUCCUGUAUUUAGUAGCGCACAUAGGAAUCUAGUCUGGUGGUAUCAAGGUGUAUGUAGUUGAUACUUGAAUACAUGAGCAAACCCAAGAAAGGGGCAGCACAAGCAGGACCGGGGAACACAGGAACACAGAAGCACCUGAUAAGUGCUCUCAAUCAAACAAUAAGUCCGACAACUCAUCCUCGCUUGCCAACAAGGUGUCUGUCGACGUGCUCUGCGAUGAACGGCAGCUGGAAGCUGCUAGGGAGAGUAGGCGGGCGUGAAGGAGGGCGCUGCUCGAAGAUGAGAGCGAAGCGCUGACGUUCUUGGCGUACGUCGCUGGGAAGAAAUCCGCUUGCCGCUUCGCUCGUCUAUCUUCGUCCAGACUUCAUAGGCGAGGACCCUCUGCGAGACAAGCCUCCGACGUUCUCCGAAAGAACAAUAAGCGGGUGUGGUCAAGCGCAGUUCGAAUGCUCUAUGGAUGCCAAUAUCGCACUAGAG